AUGGCGCCGCGCCGGAGGGCGGUUUUGGGUGCCGCCGCCGCUGGUGCCGCCAACGGCGAGGGUGUCCGCCUCGCCUCAGCUGUCAUCGACUCUGCUGAGGAGAGCGUGGAGCAGUUGGAGCAGCACGUGGGGUACUUUGCAUUUGGGUCCAACAUCAACAAGAAGGUCUUCGAGGGGCGGCGCAGGAUCAGCCCCGCCGAGAGCGUGCCCGCGGUGCUGCCCGGCUGGCGGCUGGAGUUCAGCCAGCCGGGGCUGCCCUACGCCGAGCCCGCGUUUGCCGCGGUGGAGCCGCAGCCCGAGGAGGUGGAGGACGCCGCCGCCAGCAGCGGCGGCGCGCGGCAGCCGGAUGUGCACGGCGUGGCGCACCGCAUCACGCCCAGCCAGUGGGCGUAUGUGUUGGAAACAGAGGGCGGCAGCGGGGGCAAGGAGGACCACGCCUACAAGGUGGUCGAGGCCACAGCGGUGGACUACUCGGGGCGCGAGCUGGUCGUGCUGACACUCACCGUGUCCCCCAAGAUCAAGGCCCGGCUUCAGGGCCGGCACGCGCUGCCGUCGCUGCGCUACCUGACGCUGAUCCGGGACGGGGCAAAGGACUAUGGCUUGACCCCAGAGUACCAGGCCUGGCUGGCCACGCUGCGCCACUACACGGCGGAGCGGCCGGGGCAGAAGCUGGGCGGGGUGGUGUUCCGGGCACUCGCCUUGACCUUCAUCUUCCCCGUGUGGGCAGGGGUGCGCCUGCUGCGCCGCGUGACGGGCAUGAAGUCCGCCAACGACGACAUGGCCAGCCGAUGGAUGCGGCGCUACACGGCCGCCCUGUUCCGCGUCGUGCUGGGGCUGCACGAGCUGGUGGCGCCUGUGCUGGGCUGCGGCAUGACCUCCUCCGGAUCUUCUCCGACGCCGCCACGGCAGUAG